UGUGUGUUAAUUUUUGACAUGUCUAUGUUUUUGGGGUGAAUGCACUUGUUUUUGCGUCAUAGAUUCCACAUUUGGUUAGGUUAGAAAUGGUUAGGAUUAGGUAAGGAAUGAUUUAAGGAAGGGUUUGGUUAGAGCUAGGUGAGGAUCGGGGUUAAGUUUAGGUAAGGAUAGGCUAAGGGAUGAGUUAGGCUGGAAAAAUUGACGUAGAGCAAGCAUAUCAAUUCACUUUCCUUUCCAACCAGGGACGGGUUAUGUUAGAUUAGGUUAGAUUUUUGUGAAAACAUCGGGCAAGAAAUAACGUUUUUUUCGGCGGGAAAUUAAAUCUCCAGUAUUCUUUAUUUUGUUUUACAGGAAAAAAAUCCUUACUCUGGGGUGUUUGUCAAUGUCUAAACAGUACACAUAUUGGUUUGCGUCUGUCAAAAAUACAUUUUCUGAUUGCUUUUGGUUUGCUUUCUUAAAAAUGACGUCCAGCCCUAACGAAUAAAAGAGACGUAAUUAAUUACAUUUCUAUUAUUGAAGUUUUCAAGUGCGCCUUUUUUUGGAGGGGGUCGUUUUGCCUAGUUAUAUACCCAGGUUAAGUGUGACAAAUAAGGGGGUUGACCAUUGGUAAAUUAUGCUUUAUUAUGCUCGAACCACCAACCUUAAUUAAGCAAAAAUCGCAAUCGUGGAACAUAUGUUUUUAAAAAAAUAUUCAUAUGUUUGUAAUAAUUUGUAAUAAGUUAGAUAAAGCGAAUAUGUAUGAAGGCACGGUUGUCACGAACGCUUCCCAUUUCCCAUAUGCGUUGCUCCUCAUAUCUCACGUAGGCAAUAUGACGUACAAAGAAUGCACGGCCGUCGCGAUUGAAAUCAACUUGGCCGUAACUGCAGCGCAUUGCUUCCUCGAGAGCGACAAGAACGCGGUCAGCUUCUCGACGGACAAAGUGCUGCUCAGCUCGUUUCUCCGCGAAGGCGAUUUCAGGGAUCACGAGGUGACCGGCGUCUACUUCCACCCACUACACAUGCUGUUGGAGAACGAUAUCGCCCUUAUAAAAACGAACGGGACGCUGAGCCUGACUCUGCCGCUCCUCCCGCGCAUGCCCUUUCUGGGGACGGACACAUGUACGAUCAUCGGCUUCGGACCGACCAAGAAAGAAGAGAAAACGGGGCUACGCGCUCCUUCCGUCCUAGGUGUGGCUCCUCUUCCGCAGAACUACUGUAAGAGCCUGCAGAAUUACAAGACGUCGUUGAUCUGCGUGCCACUCGGGGACGGCCUCGGCCCUUGCCACGGCGAUUCGGGCGGUCCUCUCAUCUGCUCCGGGACGGUGGUGGGCGUCCUUUCCAGGGGACUCGUUUGGGGCGAGGUUGGAUGCGGGAAGCCUCUCUACAGCAUCCUCUUCUUCGAAGACUUAUUCUAUCACAGGACGUGGAUCGAAGGCUACGCCGACCGCCGCAAACCGUCUAGCCUCUCUCAUAAGAUAUUCGACGAACAAACAUUUAUACUUUACAUACUCAUUGUCGUUUAUUGCAUCAUUAAAAUUGUUAUCACUUAAUUGUUUUUUGAUCAU